UGGCUGUGCGUGUGUGACUGUGUGUGUUUAGGGCAGGGAGAUGUAGUUUGGCAGGAGAUGAGAAUGUCAGUGGCAGAGGGAGGGAGGGCUAAUGGACAGAUCAGAUAGGAACUGAAUGCACAAGGGGCUGGGAUUGCAGCAGAGAUCACAAGCUGCUGUCUAUAAGCUUGCAAUGAGUCUACAUCUGAUGCUUUCUUAUCACUUCCCUCCAACAGCUGUACACUAACAUAGAAUUGCCUCACUCACAUAAAUGAUGUAUCUCAGCAAUGAUUUCUCUGUGGCCUGAAAAUAAACUCCAGACAAAGUGAAUCCAUUGGACGUUUCCAAUCAAGCAAUUUCAGGGCCUUAAAAAUGAGCCUUGCCUGCACACUGCCUGAACAAGCAAGUCCUCUCCUUGCCAGAAGAAACAUGACUGACGAAUGGAGUAUGAUUGGAGUGGAAGAUAGGAGAAUUGGUGGAUUGGAAGAGCAGAGGAGUGGUGUAGAUGGGACUAUUUUGCAACAACAUGAGAGGAUAGUAGCACAGGAAUCAUGGAAUAGUGGAGUUAAGGAAAGGACAAAUUGGCAAGGGAGGAAACGCCAGGGGCCAAAGGGGAACCGCCAACCUUGGCUCAAGAAAUCCAAUUCAUAUCUGGACCCAAAUCAGGGAACUAGUAGCAGUGCGUCAUGCAGAGACAGGCUGAGGAACAUCAAGUUCACAGAGGAGGAGAACGAUGUGUUGGUCACCAAAGUUCUGGAGAACUAUCGCAAACUGUACGGAGAAGAUGCAUCAAGGACAUCGAGUUUUGAGAAGAAACGCAUCUGGCGAGGCAUCCUAGAAGCCAUCAACUGCCUUGGGGUGAGCGUCCGAAACAUGGACACUUGCAAAAAGAGAUUUGCCGACUGCAAGCGGUUUGUAAGAGCUAAAAUGAGCAAGCACUGGCGUCACGCCGGCAGACGGUCAGCCAUGAAUGUGUACUAUGCAGAGUGGGAGGAAAAGAUCAAAGCAAUUAUAUGUCCUCUUGGCGAGGCCAUUCCAGGAGUCAUCGACUCAGCUGACCCUUGCACGUAUGAAUGCCCAGGUCACUGGUCUCCCCUGGAGAGUGUUUCACCCGAAGCCCAGUUGUCUCCAGAUGAAAACAUUACCCCGGAGGUUCAGUUUUACUCCGACUCUCAGAUAUCAGCAGAACCAAAGUCCCAGGGUGAGAAUGAAGAGUGGCAAAGCUUUAGGGAAGAGGCACCUCUGAAUGUAAAAGAAGAAGGAGAGGCGGCUGCGUUGCCUGUGCCCCAAGUGGAAGAUGAGAAUCAGCAUCAAGAAACCUUUUCUUCUUCUCAGCAGUGGGAGGAACAGCCUCUCGAAGAACCAGUCUAUCCUGAUAUGGACCGGCUUCUCUUGCAGAGUCAGGAUGCAUUCCGGAGAAGUCUAAGGAGGCAGCUGCAUGCUGUCCGGCAGGAACUUCGGGAAUUCCGACGGGAUCACACCGAGAGGAUGGACUUGCUGCUCACACUCCACCGGGAACACAUAAUUGUGGAGGAACAACGGAACGAGAUACUUUCUCAGCUGGUUACAACUGUUAGUAAUUUAGCAAGCAAGCUAAGCACUGGCGAUGCAUGCAAACCACAGCAAUACUCACAGCCUCCAUUGGCUGCAACAUCUCUAAGCACAGGCGAAAACUCUUCCACCCGGACAGGCGCCUCUUUACAGACUGCACCUCGUUACCCUUCCCGCCAGUUAACAGAAGAUCCGAGACGCCAUGUCGUCCACAGAAAGAAAAAAUUUGCCCUUCACCAUGGAUCUAUAGCCAAUAAAAGGAGGAAAUAAAUAGCUUUAUUUUAUUUUUUAUUUUAUUGGUUCCUUUUUACCUUUUGAAUAUAUUUUUAAAAUCAGAUUAUUAGUUUAUUCAAAGAAAUAUAUAUAUAUAUAUAUAUUAAAAUAUGCUUUAAAACAAGCAUUUUGUAUGAUCUUGCAACAUAUUAUAAAAAAAAAAUGUUAAUCUUUAUAAUCAGGGGGCUUUGGAGUUGCAAUUUUAUUAACAGAGCACAAUUUCACGUGGAGCAGUUUUGCUGUAAAAAAAAAAACUACGUUCUCAAGAGGCUGCAUCACCCUGAAAAGUA